CGUGUGUUAGCGAAACAUUAACUUUUCAAAAUAGUUAAUAGCACAAGUAUUUCUGAACUUGUUGAAGCAGUUUCUCUCUCAAGAAUAAAAGAAAGAAAAAUUGUACUAUGUUAAAAUUUAUGUAUCUGUUGCUUCUAACUUUUUCAACAAAGGUCAAAGCGCAAAACGGUCUCUAUCCCUUAACGAAUAAAUUUACAAUAACAAACUACGAAAUACAACCCAACAAUGAGUUUCUCCAAGAAGAACAAAGGGGUUUUAUAAUGUGGAUGAGGACAAUAGCGCGAGACACAAAUGAAAUAAAAGUUUAUGUCCAAUCAUUGUCCGUUCAACAACUUUUGCCAGCUGGAGAUUUAUGUUCCCCAACAUUUUUCUUUGAAUAUCUUAGACAAUUGACUGCUGUUUUAUCAAACGGUCGAUCUUGUCCGAUAAGAACGGGAACAACGAUCGACAUAUUCAAACCAUAUACUGAAAAUCUUAUGAAUCCCCGAAAAACUUGUCUUGGUACACAGUUUCUAAAUUUUACACUAUAUGACAAAUUGGAUAAAUUCAAGUUAAUUACUCUAGAAGCAGAAACAACGUCCAGUGGUCAAGCGUGCGUUAAUGGUUAAAAACAUAUAAACCAUUUUUUUUCCACUAAAUUAUCUGAAACUUCAUAUUAAAAAAUUAUGAAAAAAAUUGAGGUACUAUUUUUUCUCAUUAAACACAAGAGUACUUGAAAUGUACAAUACUUUAAUAUAAUAAAAAAAUGUGUUAUAGUAAUUUAAGUAAAAUGAGUGUAACUUAAUGAAAAUUUAAAAAAAUUGUAAAAGGUCCAUAAUAUGAUAAAAA